AUGCCACGGAAAAAGGCUGUUCUCGAGCCAGGCCACCCCCCGGCAGAAGCACCACGAUCUCUGCGAAAACGAAGUCACCAGGAGCUCGAUGCAAUCCCAGAAUCAGACCUCGAAACGACGCCCUCGAAGCGCAUACGAAGCUCAGCUCGAUACUCCCCGGUAGCCAACGAUGAUUCUGACAGCCAAGCUGAGGCCUUCACUGCGAAUGGCACUGGAAGCCCUGCAAUUACUAGCACUGAAUCAUUAAAGACCGACGAUGACGAGACCCCUAAACCCACUCCCCGACGUCGAGGUCGACCCCCGAAGAAGGCCGUGAAUGGAGAAACUCCCACACCGAAAGCGAGCCGCACUGCUCUCUUCCAGACCCCUACUAAGUCUGCGGCCUUUUCUUUGAGUGCUGCCACCCCUCGGGCGGCAGAUCGAUCCGCAAGGAAGAAGAGCGCAAGGGCCUUCAUAGAACAUGUGGUGGGCGAUAACCUCACGGAUGAGGAAGACGAAGGACUCGCGAGGCAUAUCUACGAUUCGAGCGAGGAUGAGGAAGAAGGCGAGGAUGGCAUUUCGAUUUCCGCAGAUGCAUCGGCCAUAGACGAAGCUGCGACACCAUCAAAGAGGACCCCAAAGCCAAGGGGGCGACCCAAGAAGACCAGAUCUCCCAGUCCGCCUCGAGACUUGCCUCCUCACGAACUAUACUUUGCUCACAACAAGCCCGGAAGGCCAAAGACGUCGAACAAUACCCUCGGAUCGCUCUCUUUGCUCACUCACGACGAGUACUUUACGAUAAUUAGGGAGAACAAAGACCACCAUGAAGCCGAUAUCGAGUACCUGGAGAGUCUACAUGCGGAAUCCUUUCCACAAUGGUCAUUUGAGCUAUCUCAAGGCUUCAAUUUGUGCCUCUACGGUUAUGGUUCGAAGCGGCGGUUAUUACACAAGCUUGCAGGACAUCUCCAUGCUCGAAGCAGGCGGGACAAGGGAGACAAGAUUGUCAUAAUCAACGGCUACGCUCCGACGACGACAAUGCGCGAGAUCCUUAGCACUGUCGGCACUGCUAUCGACCCUUCUCAGCGCAUCCCUCUUGCUCAGCCCUCCAUCAUGGUUCAAGCGGUUCUUUCUCACCUCGCCAACUCAUCAAUGACACUCACACUCAUCGUCAACUCGAUAGACGCAGCACCACUGCGCAAGCCUGCUUCUCAAGCUGCCCUUGCGCAGCUCGCCGCACAUCCGCGAAUCCGCCUGAUCUGCUCUGCUGAUACGCCCGACUUUGCGUUGCUUUGGGAUAUCGGCGUGCGCUCUGCCCUCAACCUGGUGUUCCAUGAUUGCACGACAUUUGCAGCGUACACUGCUGAGCUCGACGUCGUUGACGAGGUUCAUGAGCUGCUCGGCCGCAAUGCCCACCGUGUUAAUGGCCGUGAGGGUGUUGCGUUCGUCUUGCGCAGUUUGCCCGAGAAUGCAAAGAAUCUGUUCCGCCUGCUGGUGGGUGAGGUCCUCAUCGCCAUGGAAGAAGAGGGCGAGGGCGGUGAUGAACCCACAGGCGUGGAAUACAGGAUGGUGUACAACAAGGCGGUGGAGGAGUUUAUCUGCAGUUCCGAGAUGGCUUUCCGGACUCUGCUGAAGGAAUUCCACGACCACCAAAUCAUCAAGAGUAUCACCGACGCCCUAGGAACAGAGUUGCUGAGUCUUCCGUUCCGGAAGGACGAGUUGGAAGCAAUCUUGGAGGAUCUCAUGUCAUAA